AUGGCCACCUCCUCCUCCGCCUCCAUCACCACCACCACCGCUACCAUGUAUAACCACAGCAACUACAACAAACAGUUUUCGCGUAUUGAAACUACCUGCGGUUUGUUACUUGCAGAAUUGCAGAAAAUAUGGAUUGAAGUAGGAGAGGCAGAUACUGAAAGAGAUAAAUUAGUUUGCGAACUUGAACAAGAAUGCGUGGAAGUGUACCGGAGAAAAUUGAUCGCAGCGAACAAAUGCAGAUCCGAACUGCAACAAUCAAUCGCUCUCGCUGAAUCGGAAAUCGAAAAUAUCCGCUCUGUUCUUGGUGAAGAACCAGUAAAAAGCGAGGAGGAGAAGGUGAGCAUGAAUUUGAGAGAGGAGUAUGGAGCUAUUGUGCCGCGAGUCGAGGAAAUGAGGAUGAAGAAAGAAGAGAGGGAGGAAUUGUUCGUUGAAGUCGUGGAUAAAUUAGAGAAGGUUUCUAGUGAGAUUUUUGGGUCCACUGAAGGUAUGGUCGUGGACGGGACUGACUUGUCUAUGAAGAAAUUAGACGGACUGAAGAAACGGUUACUUGAGCUCGAGAAUGAGAAGAACAACCGUCUUAAGCAGAUAGUGGACCAUGUGAAUGGUGUAAAAUCUCUGUGCGGAGUUCUUUGUAUGGAUUUUAAAAAGACAAUACAUGAUAUCCAUCCAAGUUUGGAUGACACCCAAGGAGUGAAAGACAUGACUGAUGAUACCAUUAAGAAGUUAACAGAUGGGAUACAACGUUUGCGGGAGGUCAAGAUUCAGAGAACGCAGAAGCUUCAAGAACUUGCAACUACCCUUGUAGAGCUUUGGAAUUUGAUGGACACUCCAAUGGAGGAGCAAAGGUUGUUUCACCAUGUUACUAGUAAACUUGCUGCUUCAGAACCCGAGAUCAGUGAGCCUAAUAUGCUAUCCAUGGACUUUAUAAACCACGUUGAGGAGGAAGUGUUGAGGCUAGAGAAACUUAAAUCAAGUAAAGUGAAAGAGCUUGUCCUGAAGAAGAGGUUAGAACUAGAGGAGAUAUGCUGGAAGACACACAUGGUCUUGGAAGCUCACACAGCUGCAAAAUAUUCCACUGAUGCUGUAGCAUCUGGGGUUGAAGACCCCGUGCAUCUCUUAGAAGAGAUUGAGCUUGAUAUUGCAAUGGUUAAAGAGGAGGCCUUUAGCAGGAAGGACAUACUUGACAAGGUGGAGAAGUGGUUGACUGCAUGUGACGAAGAGUCCUGGCUUGAGGAGUACAACAGGGAUGAAAAUCGUUACAGUUCCGGACGAGGAGCACAUCUUACCUUGAAGCGUGCUGAGAAGGCCCGUGCCAUGGUUAACAAAAUUCCUGUAGCAAUGGUUGAGGCAUUGACUUCAAAAACCACAGCUUGGGAGAAAGAAAGAGGAACUCCAUUCUUUUAUGACGGCGGACGACUUCUUUCUAGGCUUGAGCAGUACAACAGUAUAAAGCAAGAGAAGGAGCAAGAAAGAAUAAGGCAAAGAGACGAGAAGAAGCUUCAGGUACAGCUAAUUGCAGAACAGGAAGCGUUUUUCGGGUUAAAACCCAGUCCAUUACAGAGCGGGAGGAAGCCUUCAAGAACUUCCAUAGGAGUUGCAAGUAAUCGAAAACUCUCUCUUGUUGGAGCAAUGGUUCCAAAUUCCAAAGCUGAAAAAACAUCUAACUUUGUGAAUCCAAACAAAAAGGGCGUCUCAGAUCGAAGCAGCUCUUUAAGAUACAGGCAAUACGGUGGUUUUGCAUCUCACUCCUCUGCGCCUGGCAUUUUCAGCCAGAAGAACCAACUGUUUGGUCAGUUGCAAUCAAGGCACUUUAUUAGUAGGAGUAACUUAGAAAUUGUUGGUCCUCUAGAAAAGAAGCGCCCCUCCACUGCAGCUACAAAGGCACGUAAAAAUGAGUCAGGCUUGAUCCGGAAGCCCCUGUCUCCUGUUUCUCUGUCCAUGUCCUCUAGGCUCAACAUUGUUGAUUUCGUGGAGGAUCAGAAAUUAACUCAAAGUGGAACUUUAAAGACAAUGCCUCCUUAUAACAAGACACCAAUGGAUACACCUUCAAAAUUGAUCUAUGCUGGAGAAGAAGAAAACAGAAAACCGAACACGCUGCCAGUUCCAGUGGCCUCAACUCCUCCAACUACAUCAAUUCCUAUGCUGACGGCCUUAACACCUGCCACGCCUCAUGUUUCUUGUGCCUCUAAAACAGCGAGAAAAAUUUUGGAACAAGAAGGCCACUCGUUCGAAGAGCUCAGAGCUGGUUUCCUUGAAAAGUGUGUAGAUCCAAACACUAUAGAAGCUCGCCGCUGCACAGUGCUUCUCGGUUUAUUUACACCUGUAAACCAUAAAUUUGCCAAAGAGUCAAACACAAUAUGUCUUGAAAGUUUAGUUGCAAAGAGAAACAAGUUUCUUCCACGGUAUUACACGCAAUUUAAAUCAGAAAUAACUUUGGACCCACUGUAUGUAAUCCGACCCAAUCUAAAGGCACGCCUGGCCGCCUGGGUGUCCGAAGAAAAAUCUGGAUUGGCUAUCGACGACACAGUGGCAUAG